AUGAAUGACGGCACACUCGUCAUUCGUGGAGAGAAGGUUCCGUCGCGAAAUGUAGGCGGUGUUGGUUUUGUUGUGCACCCAUCUGUCGUCCAUCUCGUCGAUUCUCACGAGAUCCUGUCACCUUAUCUGGCCAUUCUUCGCCUCCGCCCUCUGCGCCAAAAAUCCAUCAGUAUCAUCAACUGCUACUCACCAACAUCAGCAGCUGAUGAAUCAGAAUUGUACGCGUUUCACGAGGAGCUGGAGGAAGUACUCCGCAACGAGAAGUCCUUCUACAACACUCAACGCAAAACUAGGAAAGGCCACAGAAGAGGAAUACAGGAUUGGAAGAUUUGGACUUGGGGACCGGAAUGA